AUGCACCCAGCGCGCGCGGGGGUGGGCUCCGCGCUGCAUCUCCAUUGGCCGUGCGUCUCAGGCCUCGCCCCGGGAGGCCCUGUCAUUGGUCAAGCCUCCGCUGGGGGCGUGCCCCAGCCGGGUCCACCUCUGGGCGCAGAACCGCGGGCACCCGGCUGGCUCAGCCUGAGCUGGGCGGCCUCGCAGGCUCCCGGCUCCGCAGGCGGCCCGCUGGGGUCCCCGAUCGCUGUAGCCGGAGGUCGAGGCAGUUGCUGAUCCGAGGCCCGGAGGCCCCGCGAGUCCUUGGGAACAUGGCCACGAGCAUGGGGCUCAUCAUGGAAGACUUUAGCCCAUGUGAUGCCUGAGAAUCAAGUGUGACACCUCCGGAUGCUUCCUGGCGAUCCCCUCCACACCACUGCUCCACGAGGCUCCUGAACCAUGGGGGAAAUUGAGGACGAGAAGCAGGCUCAGGCCAAUCAGGUCUUUGAGAACUUCGUCCAGGCCUCCACAUGCAAAGGCACCUUGCAAGCCUUUAACAUCCUCACCCGACUCCUGGACAUAGACCCUCUGGACCACAGAAACUUCUACUCCCAGCUCAAGUCCAAGGUGACCACUUGGAAGGCCAAAGCCCUGUGGUACAAACUGGACAAACGUGGCUCCCACAAGGAGUAUAAGCGAGGGAAGUCCUGUGUGAAUACUAAGUGUCUCAUCAUCGGGGGAGGACCAUGUGGCUUGCGCACUGCCAUUGAACUUGCCUACCUGGGAGCCAAGGUGGUCGUGGUGGAGAAGAGGGACACCUUCUCCCGAAACAAUGUGCUGCAUCUCUGGCCCUUCACCAUCCAUGACCUGCGGGGCCUGGGAGCCAAGAAGUUCUAUGGGAAGUUCUGUGCUGGCUCCAUCGACCACAUCAGUAUUCGGCAACUGCAGCUCAUCCUGUUCAAGGUGGCCCUGAUAUUGGGAGUAGAGAUCCAUGUGAAUGUGGAAUUUGUGAAGGUUCUAGAGCCUCCUGAAGACCAAGAAAAUCAAAAAAUCGGCUGGCGGGCAGAAUUUCUCCCAGAGGACCACCCCCUGUCUGACUUUGAGUUUGAUGUCAUCAUUGGUGCAGAUGGCCGCAGGAACACCCUGGAAGGAUUCAGGAGGAAGGAGUUCCGAGGGAAGCUGGCCAUCGCCAUCACCGCCAAUUUCAUAAACAGGAACAGCACAGCCGAGGCCAAAGUGGAGGAGAUCAGCGGCGUGGCCUUCAUCUUCAACCAGAAGUUUUUUCAGGACCUGAAAGAGGAAACAGGGAUCGAUUUGGAGAACAUCGUUUACUAUAAGGACUCCACCCACUACUUUGUCAUGACGGCCAAGAAGCAGAGCCUGCUGGACAAAGGCGUCAUCAUUAAUGACUGCAUCGAUACAGAGAUGCUGCUGUGUGCAGAGAACGUGAACCAGGACAACCUUCUCUCCUAUGCCCGUGAAGCUGCCGACUUUGCCACCGAUUACCAGCUGCCAUCCUUGGACUUUGCCAUAAACCACUAUGGGCAGCCUGAUGUGGCCAUGUUCGACUUCACCUCCAUGUAUGCCUCAGAGAACGCAGCCCUGGUGCGGGAGCGCCAGGCACACCAGCUGCUCGUGGCCCUUGUGGGCGACAGCCUGCUUGAGCCAUUUUGGCCCAUGGGCACAGGCUGUGCCCGCGGCUUCCUCGCAGCCUUCGACACUGCCUGGAUGGUGAAGAGCUGGGACCAGGGCACCCCGCCCCUGGAGCUUCUGGCUGAACGAGAAAGUCUAUACCGGCUGUUACCUCAGACAACCCCAGAAAACAUCAACAAGAACUUUGAACAGUACACAUUGGACCCUGGGACACGAUAUCCAAACCUCAACUCACACUGUGUCAGGCCUCACCAGGUGAAGCAUUUGUACAUUACCAAGGAGCUGGACCAUGUCCCUCUCGAGAGAUGGGGCUCAUUGAGGAGAUCCGUCGGUCUCUCCAGGCGAGAGUCAGACAUCCGGCCUAACAAGCUCUUAACCUGGUGCCAGCAGCAGACCGAGGGCUACCAACACGUCAACGUCACUGACCUGACCACAUCCUGGCGCAGUGGCCUGGCCCUGUGUGCCAUCAUUCACCACUUCCGACCAGAGCUGAUCAACUUUGACUCACUGAAUGAAGACGACACUGUGGAGAACAACCAGCUGGCAUUUGAUGUGGCAGAGCGUGAGUUUGGGAUCCCACCUGUGACCACUGGAAAAGAGAUGGCGUCAGCCCAAGAGCCCGACAAGCUCAGCAUGGUCAUGUACCUCUCCAAGUUCUAUGAGCUCUUCCGGGGCACCCCACUGAAGCCCAUGGAUUCCUGGCGUAAAAACCACGGUGAAAAUGCUGACCUUGGCUUAGGCAAAUCAUCCCUUUCCAAUAACUAUCUCAAUCUCACAUUUCCAAGGAAGAGGACUCCACGAGUGGAUACUCAGAUAGAACAGAAAGACAUGAACAAGCGGAGGCGGCGGGGCAUAAGCAACCUGGAAGAGUUGUCAAACUUCUCUGGCCGUAGCUUGGACUCUAAUCAAGAAUGUGGCAGCAGUAAGGAAGGUGGGAGUCAGAACAAAGUCAAGUCCAUGGCCAAUCAGCUGCUGGCUAAGUUCGAGGAAAGCACUCGGAACCCUUCAACCCUAAAGCAGGACCACCAUGUCUCAGGGAUAGGUAAGCCUGUCCUGUGCUCUUCCUCUCGCCCUCCCAGUGCCUCUCGCUGCUCCAAGCUGGAGGAGUCCACUCCCAAGCUUCCACCUCCUCUGAAAAGGCAGUUCUCCUCCGUGGUGGUGACGGGGCAGGUGCUCAGAGAACUUAAUCAAGUGCCUGCUGGUGGCGAGUGUCCGAGCAGGCCCUGGAGAGCCAGGGCCAAGUCAGACCUGCAGCUGGGUGGGACUGAAAACCUUGCCACCCUGCCUCCCACCUGCCAAGGGGCACUGGCCCUGUCCGGGGUGCUGCGACGGCUGCAGCAGGUAGAAGAAAAGAUUCUUCAGAAGAGGGCCCAGAACUUGGCUAACAGAGAAUUUCACAAAAAGAACAUUAAAGAGAAGGCAGCUCACCUGGCCUCCAUGUUUGGACACGGGGAUUUCCCACAGGAUAAACUGUCUAAAGGUCUGCCUCACACUCAUCCUCCGUCUUCUCCCUCUUCCCUUCCAUCUCCUGAUCCAGCUGCUCCUUCCUCUCCACCGACUGCAGACUCUGCUUCUCCUGCCAGAAAGCUGACAGUAGGGAAAGUGUCCAGCGGAAUAGGUGCUGCGGCUGAAGUUCUGGUUAAUCUAUAUUUGAAUGAUCACAGACCUAAGACUCAGGCCACCUCUCCAGACCUGGAAUCUGUGCGGAAGACGUUUCCCCUGAGCCUGGGCGGCAGCGACACCUGCUGCUUCUGUAAGAAGCGUGUGUACGUGAUGGAGCGGCUGAGUGCUGAGGGCCGCUUCUUCCACCGCGAAUGCUUCCGCUGCAGCAUCUGUGCCACCACCUUGCGCCUGGCCGCCUACGCCUUCGACUGUGAUGAAGGCAAAUUUUACUGCAAGCCUCAUUUCAUUCACUGUAAAACGAACAGCAAGCAACGGAAGAGACGGGCAGAGUUGAAGCAACAAAGAGAGGAGGAGGGGACAUGGCAGGAGCAAGAGGCCCCAAGGAGAGACACCCCCACCGAAAGUUCUUGCGCAGUGGCAGCCAUCAGCACACCAGAAGGCAGCCCCCCAGGUAUCUCCACCUACUUUAGGAAGGCGCUGAGCUGGCCACUCAGGCUGACAAGAGGCGUCCUCGAACUCCCCAGGAGCCUACUUAGCUGGAUGCAGGGACUCCUGAGAGCCACUGGCCUCCAUGUCAGGGACAAUGCUUACAACUACUGCUACACCUAUGAGCUCCUGAGCCUCGGGCUGCCGCUGCUCUGGGCUUUCUCUGAGGUCCUGGCCACCAUGUACAGGGAGUCCGAGGAAUCCCUGGAGCAGUUGCGCAGCUGGCUGCUGGGGUGUAUCCCUAUGAAGCUACAGUGAGGUGCCAUUGCUCCAUAGUGCCCCAACAUUUCAUUUCCAAAUGUAGAUGGUAUUUGUAGUUUGUUCAGGCUCUGACCAGCAAGUCUUGUAUCUAUAACCAGUUAGCUCCAAAUCAGAGUCCCACACUGGCCACCUCCUCCUGGCCUUGACAGGGUGAACAUCUUCUCGUGGUGCUAGGACCAGGGACAACAUGAAGGAUGCUUUUUACAGCUUUGAUUGCUGUUGCUUUGUUUGGUUUUUUUCAUACCAAAGUGAGCCAUAUUUCUGGGUUUACAUUUCAAUUUUUAACUUUCAAUAAGCCAAAAAGAAAACCUUAUUUUUCUAUGAGUAUCAAUUUUUCUAAAUGUGUUGAGUUUAUCACCAGUUCUACAAGAUCCUUGAAGUGGACUGUUAAUUGAGAUCAUCGCUACCUAUAAAGUUAAUAACCUGGGACUUUAGAUACACAAAAGUGAACGUACUAUCACCCAACCAGUGCCUUUUGACUUCUGCAGCCAGAUGCUGCCUAUCCACUGUGGGUGUGAUUUUCUUCUUCUUUUUUUAAUCAUGCAAAAAUGUAGUGAUUUUAGAGGAAAAGAAUAGAGGGGUAGUCUAGAUCAAACCGACCAAAGCAUGUCGCAGUGUGCCAGUGGCUAUCUGUCCUCCUGGAGGAAAGAAGACUAUUUUGCUCCAUUCUUUUGAAGCUAAAUGGUAGCUUAAAGGCUCUCCCCCAUGCCAGCCAAAUCACAGCAAAAUGACUAAACCACAGGGUUGCCACUGGGUCACUGCGAACAUGCAUCUUUCUUCCCACUAAUGGGUACUGCAUCGAAAGCCUGUUGGCACUUGACCCUGAACAGCUCUGCUAGACUGAUGCAAUGCUGGGGACUGGCUAUUUCAGUUGAUGGCAACCCCCAUCAGGUCCCCAGCCCAGGCUGCAGCCUGGGCUAAAGCCACUCAGGUCUGUAAUGUCAGGCUGCCUUUCCCUGGUGUCCUCUGAGCCUGAAGGCACUUGUUGGCCUCUAGGCAGCAUGGUCUGUUUAGUGAGUCUUGCGUGCAGUUUCCUGGCUUCUUAGCCACACAGCUGCCUUGCAUACUUGGUCAACACAAUCAGAAACCCUUCUCCCACCACCCCAGAAAAGAAGGGUGUCUGAUCUCUGGGUGGCUCUACCACAUCAUAACUGGCAGGGAAAGUUGGGGAAAGGCUAUUUAUCAACUGGUUCCUGAAAACAGGCUCUGUCCAGGGCAAAAAGUGAGCAUUGAGCCCACAUGCUUUUGUCUACUCUGGGUGUCUGGAAGAGCCCUACCUGACUCUGUGAUGCUCAGAGGCAGGCUGAGCAAUUGAAGGAUUGACAAAGGCCUAGGUGCAACCAGAGUGGCUAGACACUACAGAGCCAUAUGUAGCUGCCGUCACUAGAGCGCCCUCUUGAGGUUCAGAAGAGAACCAGGAGUCUUGAGAGCUUUGACAUGCUAAGGUCUACAUGCCUGUCUACAGAGACAGGGAAGAAAGUGAGGUAUAUUUCUACAUACUCUGCCCUGAAGUCUUGAGGAAGCCAGGGCAUAGCCAUGCUCAGGUCUAUGGGAACCAGCACCCCAAACUUGUAGAAAUUGUUCUCAGAGUGAUGUGGGACAUUGUUCCCCACCACCUUUUUGCCUGGGGUUUUAAUGUUCAGCACUGUGGGAGGAGCCCUCAGGUCCUUUUAUAUUUCAUUAUGCCAAGUGAAUUCUUGAGGUCACGUCAUUGUGACUACCUCCAGCUCAGGAUGGGUCGAGAUGCUUUUUGGAAUGGUCCAGGAAGUCAGAAUGUCAUUUAUGGCCAUAAGGAGGCUGGCUUGAAUGACUCUGGUAGCCAUGUAUCUGUCACAAGUGAGACAUCUAUAUGUUCUGAGACCUUAAUCUUCUUGGUGGCCAAUAGCAGCAUAUUGGUGGGUCCUAGGGACAGACAUCUCAAAGAUGAAUUUACCUCAAGGGUGAGUAUGAAACCCCAGAGUAAAAUGGAGGAAGAGAAGAUAUAGGGGGCAGAGAGUCCUGGGAACAUCUGUGGACGAGAGUAGAGUGUUAACAAUACUCAGACCCUGUGUUUCCAUUCUUGAAAAUGGGCAGCUGGCCACCACCAGGAAGGUUUGUCUCCCUAAGCAAGCAGUCACUUGUUGGGGGGACAGUUCCCGUUACACAACGGUUGCCUGAUGCUCGCCUUCAGUCCCUUUUCCUCUUGUUAUCUGGACUCCUCCGAUUUCUGCACUAAGCUUUCUUUUUUGUCUUUCUCUUUCCAACCUCUCACUGGGGCCGCCAGUGCGUUUCAGCCUUCCAGUGCUACACCCACUUCUUGGCUGACACACUUCUGCUCUGAGGUGACUCAUUUUCUUGGCAACUUUCAGAGAGUGGUACUAACCCCUAACCCACUUCCUGCACCCCAUCCUCUGUGCCGGCGAGAUACUGGCUUGGCCAUCAGUGAGUCUGUGUACUAAUGCUUCGAGCAUGAGUGGUUAACAGCAUGGGGUGGGGUCGGUUCUGCCAGAAGCCCGGGUCCACACCAAGUGCAUGCCCCGCCUGCCCCCUGUGCCCUGGCCUGGCCUCCAUGCAUGCUUUUACAGUUGCACCUGCAAACCCUCUUGCUUUCCUGGGGUUCACCCUGAUUGGGAGACAAUAGAGGGAGGGCUCGGUCACCUUUGAAAACACUCUGCUUAGGAACCUCUGACAAAGGUCAUGCUUACCAGUAUCUCCUUAAUUGGUUCGAAUGUGACAAUUACAAAUGCUUUUGAUGGGAGCCACAGGCAAUUUACUUUGGAGAGAUGUUUAAAAAUGUACUUGUUCCCAGGCUUCAUUGCCUGCCAGCUCAACCUCUGCUCUCUACUGUAAACACAAUGAUGUUAGCAAGUCCUUCCUCUGUUUCAGCCUGCUCUCUUGGUCCAAGGGGCUUGCUAUGUGUUUCCUAUGCCCCUGGACUCUUAAAGCCCUAGUGAGUCAGGAGUUUCAAUCAAAGGAGUCCUGCUCACAGGAAAAGGGCUGGCUUUCAGAAAUAACUUGGCCCUGGGCCUGGCACAGCCACUUUCAGUGCUCCUGUUGAUCUAUCUAAAGCACAAAUUUCCUUUGUUCCUUUACCUGGAGCAACAGGACAGUCAUGUACUAAUAAAAAAAAAAUAAAAAAAAAUAAAGGCACGCAGGGCAGAGAGCACAAUAGGUCUGGCCCCACAUCUUCAGACUGCAAUCAAUGUCUGUCCUGCAUGUGGCCAGAGUCACCCUGCCCUUCAGCCUCUGCCCAGCCCUGCAUGUGAUACUCUCUUGCUGCACUGGCGCAGAGACUGGUCAGUACAAAGCCUGUGCUCUGCUCUGCUCUUUUCUCUUCCAGAGUCUCCCUGUCUAGAAUACCAACCGAAGAGGGCCCUCCUCCCUCUCGGCCUCUUUAGCUAGCUUCCCUGUCUCAUGGCAAGGCAUGUCUGUGACCCUUGGGAAUCAUUUACUGUGCCACAUGGAACCUUGUAUUUUGCACACAUCAAAUGAUGUUUAGCUUUAUUUAUGAUAUUUGAUGCUGUAAAUGAAAAUAAAUAUGGUUCUUUAUAAAA